GGUGAGAGGGGUGGUUCGGGUGGAUCAGAUCAGCUCUUCUCGGAAAAAUGGCCUUCUCCUCAACAAGCACGUUUUCUCGUGCCUACUGCCUGUCGACUUGUUUCUGUAGAGAGUGUCUGUUAUAGGUGAUUAUCUGUUUUUUAUCGUACGACGCCCUGUGACAGCCAUAUCCCAUUGUAUGAUCAAACGAACCUCCCCUUGUCCGUAUUGUGUAGACAGUUUCUGGUCUGCUUGUUGCGGCAGGAAGAGGCUCAGUGCUUCCGCGAAGCACCGACACAAAACCGCCACGUCUCUGGUCCUACAUGCACGGGGCAUGGGGAACAAGGGAAGUCUGUCCUUCCGUGGAAUCAGUGAAUACCGCCCUGCCAGCGUUCAUUGACACACAGGAACAUCACGCCAGUCCCGUGACAUCAUAGCGCACUGUAUCGCUGGUAAAUACAGCUGGGUCGUCGGCACUACGUUCCCGGCGUCUUGACAUGCAACGCUGACUUCGUAGUACCUAAUGUGAACGACUUGUGAGUCCGACUACACGCCAGGUGAGCUCGCACAGGUCCGAUAUGGUGUGAAAAGGAAGCAGGUGUUAGCUCGACUCAGAGUGGACGUUCAUCUAACACUGGUGGCAGCUGUGCGAUAGACGAACAUCACUCUGAGGCGUCUCCUGGGUGAGACUGAGGACAUGUAACGACGCACUUCAUCUGGAUUCAACUCAAAUCCACUGAGAAUUAAGGCUUUUUACCGUCAGCAGCUACAAAUUGCCGACACUUGCAAAAGGACAGAAUCCCAAACAUUUCGGGACAAAAUGGAUGCCCUUUUGAAAGAGCUGUCGUGCCCAGCGUGCCACAGGUUACCGUCCGACCCGCUGGUGCUGCCCUGUCAGCACAGCCUGUGUACCCGGUGUAUCGAGGACGCCCUCGCCAAGCAGUGCCUGGUGUCCCGUAAGGGGAAGAAGAGCGAGAAAGAAGACAUGAAGAAGCGGCUGCGCUGUCCGUCCUGCCGGGAGGAAGUCGUGUUCGACGAGCGGGGAAUCGACCGACUGAGACCGAACAUCGCGCUGCAGAAGAUCAUCGCGCGGGUCCGGGGUGUGGACCUGGAGGCAGACGUAGAAAUUGAGACGGACAAGGACUGCGAGGUUUGCGAGCAAACCCCUGCCGCCAAGGCGGUGAAGAAGUGCGUCUCCUGUGACCUGGCGUUUUGUGAGGAGUGUUUGAAGUCGGUUCAUUCGCGCCGAGGGUUCAAGAAGCACAAGGUGACUGAUGUUGGGCUGCCGCGCCAGGGCCUGCCGAGCACCAUCACGUGUGGGGAACACAAGGAGGAGAAGGCAAACCUCUACUGCACCAACUGCGCAUGCGUCAUCUGCUCGCUGUGUAAGCUGGUAGGGAAACACUCUGAGCACCAGGUCCGCGCAGUCGCACAGGAGUAUCAAGAACUCAAGGAGUACAUGGGGAGUCGUCUGGAGGCGCUCGCACAGAGCAUUAACGAGCAGGAAGACUUCAUCAAGGAGCUGCAGAUCAAGUGCGAGACGCUAGAGGAGAACGCCAAGAAGCACAAAGAGGUGGCAGUGGAGGAGAUAGAUUCGCUUAUCUCUACUCUACAAAAGAAGAAGGACUACCUGACGGACAAGAUUGACAGAGAGAGAAACUCCAAGUUACGAGCACUGAUGAAACAGAUGGCGUCUCUGCGCAUGCGCAUGGACGAGGGGAUCGGCGUUGUUGCUUACAGUGGGAUGAUCCUGAAGGAAGAGGACCAGGCCACGUUUCUACAGACUGCAGUUGCCUUAUGUGACAGAGUUAAGGCGGUCACGUGUCCUGAGCCUCUAUAUCCGGCAGCUAGUGACUACUUCCGGUAUGGCAACCUGGACUUAGUAAGAGAGCAGGAGAUAUUGCAGAGGAUAGACUUUCAACAAGAUGAUGUGUCUGACGUCAGCAGUGUGGCAGGAAGUCACGUGUCAGCCACCAUGGACCCCAUCACCAUGUCCUAUAACAUCAUGGAGGAACCCUCGCUGAACUUCAAGAUCAUCAUGACAGGCGACCCAGGAGUGGGGAAAACCUGUCUGGCGGCCCGGUUCGGCAACAACAGAUUUGAUAAGGAUCAGAAGCCCACCAUCGGUAUAGAGUUCGUAUCCAAGACAGCGAAGGUGGACGGGCGCAUCAUUAAAGCCCAGGUGUGGGACACGUCCGGACAGCAGAAGUACAGACCAAUGAUCAGUGCCUUCUGUCCGGGCGCCCUGGGAGCGAUGGUGGUGUAUGACAUCACCAGGAAGGAGACGUUUGAGCAUGCGCGGACGCACCUGAAGGAGGUCCGUGAGAAGUCUGACACAAACAUCGUCAUCAUGCUGGUGGGGAACAAGGGCGACCUGGGGCACAACCGGGCCGUCACAACUCAGGAGGGGCGCGAGUUCGCAGACAAACGUCACAUCCUGUUCGCGGAGACUUCCGCCAUGGAGGGGAGGAAUGUGGAGACAGCGUUCGAGCGGCUUAUCAGCGAGGUUUACCACGAGUCACAUGACUUCAGCGACAACUCCACUUGCACGGGCGGGAGUCUGGGGGACCUCAGCGAUGUGGACUCUAUGUUUGACUAGGGGUAGUUAAAUCAUCGACACAAAUUCUAUGUGAACUUCAUACAGAUUUUACAUAGGCUUAUGAUCGCCAUGGACAUCCUCCGUAUCUUAUGAAAAACUGACGAACCAUUACGUAAAACUGCUUCUUAGCCAAAACGCCUCAGAAGUUUUAGAUAAAAUACGGUUUCGUCAGUUUACUCAUACCAAUUCCUAUGUUUUGCAUAAAAUUCUAUGAAACCAUUUCUCGCGCGUUAGUUGAUGCCAAACUGGAUAGUUUUCGUGGAAAAAAUUUGACUCUGACCAAUUUAACGAUUGCUUCUUCAACGCUUGUUUUACUGUUAUUGUUCAUGAAGAAAUUGACAGUAUUUUCACAUUGUGCUGGUGCCCAGAGCUCCCACUGAAAGGGAGAAGGCAUAUUGAUGGUGUAUUGUAACAGCAACAAUGAACACGUGGAUCAAUGUGAAUCUGGUGCUAUUGCCAGUCUACAUCAGAGGGUGCAGUUCACAAGAUUGUAUGUAACUUA